UUGCCGACAGUCAGCUACUUCUCGAUGUACAGUUAGGCAAAGCUGACAACUUUUUGCCUUUGUUGGAGUUUGUUCUUUUCUCGCGGAAAUACUCCGUUGCCUUCCCCGUUUUAAUAAUUAACGCUUUAUCUGGAUAUUGUGAUCAUUAUGUCAGCAAAGAGCCAAACAGCUGUCCAGGGACCAGGGCAGCGUGGUGGGUUUAGGGGCUAACUGACCUACUGUAAAGGGUCGCAGCUGCACUGGCUUCUGGGAUGCUACGGAAGAGCGGCAGCAGCAGCAGCAGCAGUAGUGGUGGUGGCGGUGGAGGUGGUGGGACAAAGCACACCCAGGGACUGCCACAGAACCUUUCCAAACCCCAUGCAGGAUCUCAGUCAGCUGGAUCCAGCAAGACGUUGGAUAUGGGCCGCAGUUCAAAGAACCCAAACCCCCUGAGCAACAUGGGGCUUACCUCCCGCCUGAUGGGGGCACCGGGAGUGGAUGCAGAGUAUGUAAUGCAGCUGGUGAAUGAUGUGCGAUUGUUUGCUGAUGUGCUACACAACCUCAAAGAAGCUUUCCAGUGUAAAGAGAAUUUGGAAGGUCUUCAGGAAUUGGUACAGGAGCGUUUGGCAGAGUUAGUCCACAUCCUCAAAAUUGUCAUUGGCAAACACCAGACCCUCAACUCUGUAGACAUUCUGGGAGCAGCUGGCACGGUCAUUGCUAAGGUCAAAGGCGUUAACUUCAAGGAAGUGAACCCAGAAAAGAAAAAAGCUAUAUUUGGCGAGAUACACGCAUCCAUUGACACUUUGGCAUUCACGUUCGGCAAUGUAGUUUCUGACUUCCUUAUGGGAGAUGUGGACAGCAGCCCAGGGUUGGGGAUCCCCCAGAAAAACAGAAGCAGGUCUUCUGACAACCUCUCUGUGGAUCCCAAGGGAUAUGUUUCAGAGAAAAGUGAGCUUGUGGGCGCAGAGGUGUCACAGUCACGAGAGGAAGAAGUUGACUUGACCCUGCUGAAGAAUGACAGUGGAGUCGAAUCUGCCCUACUCUAUGCCAAGGCCUGGUCCAAGUACAUCAAAGACCUUCUGGCCUGGAUGGAAAAACGGCUAGCCAUGGAUACCGAGUAUGCUAAAAGCUAUGUUAAGAUGGCGGAGUCUGCAAAAGCACUGGCUGGUCAACAGGACUACAUGCCAUUCAGUGAUAUCUACGUUUCUACAUUCAAGAAAGACAUUGAAUACAACCAGCUGCUUAUUCAAACCGCAAUGACUCUUCAGACCAAUAAAUUCAUACAGCCUCUUGUGGCUCGCAAAAAUGAACUGGACAAGCUGAGGAAAGAAAUCAAGGAGCAGUGGCAGAGGGAGCAAAAGAAAAUGCAAGAGGCAGAUGCAACCUUGCGUAAGGCGCGGGCACUGAAGACCCAGAGGAGGGAGGAAUACCAGAAAGCCCACUCAUCAGCAAACCGCUCCCAGGAGGAUCAGUCUAAUGCUGGGAACAAACAGCUGGAGAAGAAGAGAAAGCUACAAGAGGAGGCACUGCAGAAGGCGGGGGAGGCUCAGGACCAGUACCAGAGCUGUAUGGCUGAUGCAGACGGCAGGAGAAUGGAUCUGGCCACUGCUAAGAGCACCAUCCUCACUCAGAUCCGAGAAAUUAUCUUCCAGUGUGACCUCACACUCAAAGCUGUAACAGUGAACUGGUUUCAGAUGCAGCAGACACAGACUGUGUCACUUCCUGCUCACUACCAGGCCCUGAGUGAGAACGCCAAGUUGUAUGAACCUGGCGAGUGCUAUGCAGAGUUUGUCCGUAACCUGCCCAAGAAUCUACCUAAAGAGCAUCUUUACUCUGACUCCAUAUGCUCAGAAAAUACCAGGUUCGACAACAAAAGGUCAGUGAGCAGCUAUCGUUCCUCCCAUGGCAACCUGUCGCAGGCGUCGACCACCUCUUGUGAUGUGUUGAGCGGAGAUGAAAUGGACAGUACCAUACUCCGGCCUGCAAAGAUCAGCGAGCAAAGGUCCAGCAGCAGCGCAGACAUACAAGCACUGAGAAGCCAGGUCCCAAUGAGAACCUGGGCUUCCAGUAGUCAUGGGAGCCAGGGUGGGAUGUGCAGUGACUCAGAGAGCGCCGGAGGCAGCAGUGAGUCGAGGUCCAUGGACUCCCCCACGGCCAGUCCAGGUGACAUGCGACGGAUGUCCAGAACUCCUUCCACUGGGACCAUGUCUUCUGCUGAUGAUCUGGAUGAUAGGGAGCCACCAUCCCCCUUAGACAAUGGUCUGGCAGAGAUGGUGACAGAGACGUCCAGUUCUCCUGGUCCCUUCCGAAAUGCUCAGAUGUCCAAAGCUGCUCAAACCCAUAAGCUAAGAAAACUUCGAGCCCCAUCUAAAUGCAGAGAAUGUGACAGUCUGGUGGUUUUCCAUGGAGCUGAGUGUGAAGAGUGCUCCUUGGCCUGCCAUAAGAAAUGUUUAGAGACACUCGCCAUCCAGUGCGGUCAUAAAAAGCUACAAGGCAGGCUACAGCUGUUUGGUAUUGAUUUUGCCCAAGCAGCGAAAAACAGUCCAGAUGGUAUCCCCUUUAUAAUCAAGAAGUGCACAUCUGAGAUUGAGAGUCGAGCCCUCAACAUCAAAGGCAUUUAUCGUGUGAACGGUGCCAAAUCUCGUGUCGAGAAGCUCUGUCAGGCGUUUGAAAAUGGGAAGGACUUGGUUGAGCUAUCUGAUCUUUCCCCUCAUGACAUCAGCAAUGUUCUCAAGCUGUACCUUAGACAGUUACCAGAGCCAUUGAUCCAUUAUCGAUUCUACAAUGAUGUCAUCGGCUUGGCUAAAGAGUGCCAGAGGGUGAUAGUGGAUGAGGCUGACAAUAAAGCUCAAAACAACCAGCCAAGGGAAAAAAGUGGGCCGAGCACGCAGCUGAACAAAGUCAUUCUUAAGAUCAGAGACCUCCUCCACCAGCUGCCUCCAGCCAAUUACAGGACUCUGCGCUACCUUAUAGCACAUCUAAACAGAGUCACUGAACAGGCCGAGGAGAACAAGAUGACUGCGAGCAACCUUGGCAUCAUCUUUGGCCCCACGCUGGUGAAGCCACAGCAUACAGAUGCAGAGGUGUCUCUGUCCUCCCUGGUGGAUUACCCCUACCAGGCACUGAUGGUGGAGCAGCUGGUGAAACACUUUCAGACGGUCUUUGAUGCAUCUUCCCUGCCUGGUUCUGACAUAAGUACCAUGGGCCAGGCGUCCCCCAGACUCACCCCACAGGAGAAGGUGCGGCAGCUUAGCAGGCACUCAACCUCCCUGAUUGACAUCAAAGAGAGUACUAAAGUGUACAAAAGAUACUCAUCUAUCAUCCCAUCAUCUCACAUCGUGGGCGAGGUGCAGGAGGGCCAACCAGGAAAAAGCAAAACGGAGGUCUCUGCAGUGGACAGAGUCAACGGGGUCCAGACGUCUAGUGGAGGAGAAGUUCAGAGAUCAACCUUAGUAUUUGGCCGUCCCAGCACCAUCAUCUCCUCACCCACCACAGUGGCACCAAAGGUACAGCUGCGCACCCAGCGCACCAGACAAGUGUGUCGACCAGUCAGCAUGCCGCUGGAACGCUUGCCCACGCCGGCUCAAAUUGGCGAGAAGAAUAAUCGAAACACUGCUGAUGCUGUUGAUUCAGGUCCUGUUAAGCGGGACACCAUUACUGAAACUAUACAGGAGAUGCCAGAGCCAGAGAAGGCUCGGCAAAGUGGCUCAUCCAGGGUUAGCACCUACUACAUCACUCCUUUUAUUGACACUCAGAGGAGGACUUGGGACAAGAAGUACAAGCACUAUGAUGUUACACCCAGGACUGCUAUGAUCAUGGCUAAUCUGCCGUCUCCCAGCUCUGGAGUGCAGCCUGUAAAGGCAAUAAUACCAGUCAGCAAUGUUAUAACUGGAACAACUGCCUCUGUGGUUCCAACUACAAGUAGCGUUAGCACCAUAUUCUCCGGCAACCUUCAUACGGCGGCACUCAAGUCUGUUUGGAUUUCUAAAAGGGAAAAUGACAUUCAGAGUUCACUCCGUGAGUCUAGCAGCUCACCGAACCUUUCACUAACACUCAGGGCACCGAGGACUCUGCAGCCUCCUCCUGGAACUUUCUACAAGCCCCCUAAUUCAUACAGCAGAGCGGCGACACUCACAAACUGGACUACUGCUUUAACCACCACCACCACUACCACCAUCUCAUCAUCCGCUCUCACCACCACCAUCACCUCAUCAUCUGCCCCCACCAGCCCUGUUCAAGUAGUGUCUACAUCCCCUGUCCUUACAAGCCCCACACAGAGGCUGCUCCAGACUCAGGACUCCACUGACAGUGCCAUAGACGCCGGGGUCUCGACCUCUGCUCCCGUUUCGCCCCCCCAGUCUCCUCCCCCUAGCAGCCCUGACGACCUUAGCCCCAGUGAGAAUAAACCUGUUUACCAAAGACUGCGACCCCGGCGGCUGCAGGAGCUCGAAAUCAGAGAGGCUCAUUUUGUCUGACACCAAAAAGAAAAAAAGACUCACAUAAUAUCUGUAAAUAUUGCUGUAUCUCUGUCACAGUGAAUGCUGGGGAAAAGGAUUUUUAUCACCAAGCUGAGCAUGGGAAGACCCGUGGACCUGUUAAAAUAAACCAUAAAAGUGUUAUAAGUUCUAAUAUAUUCUGUUUCACUGUCUAAGUCAACAGUGGUUGUUUUAAGCAUUCAAAACUUCAAUGCAAACAUGAUCGUUUAUUGCCACAUUUUUUAAAUAAGAACACGAACUGUCUAAUUUUAUGUCAAAGAAAAUUGGUGACAAAUUGAGCUCUGUCUGUAAUUAGCUGUAAGCCUAUCACUUUUCUUGUUGAAUAUUUGAUUUAAUACAGAAUUAUAUUUUACACAAUGCACUUAAUCCAGGCUCAGAUCCUGAUGUUGCCUUCAGUUUUUUAAAAAUGUGUUAAAUUCUGUAUUUUAUUACACUAGGUAUAUAUGUAAAUAUUUUCAAUACAAGGUUCUUAAUGAUAAAGAAGUCAACAUUUAUACCUUUUAAACAUGUUCAUAGCCUGUGAUUGGUACAUCUUUUCUACGCAUGUAAAUCUUAUGUAUCUGUGUACAUUUUUAUAUUCAUUACAUUCAUACAUACUCCAUGCCUGUCACAAUGGUUGUGUGACUUUUACAGGAGAAAAAUGACACGCAACAGUUCUUGCUGCAAAUUAAAAUUUCAAAAUUACCCUCUCUGAGAUUGAGUUUCGUUUCUGUUGUGUUUGCAGAUUUCUGUUCAGCACUCUGGAGAGUCUGAGUCAUACUUGAAACUUUUCUUUUUUUUUAAUUGCUUCAUACUAUAUUUACUUGGUAUGUGUCUGUUUCAAGCUACCCUUUUACUUACAAAGGU